CAAUAAAUAUCUUACAAUAAUUGUCUUGGUUUUAUUUUCCAGAGCAUGGACCUAAAAAUGGAGCUGGGAGGUUACAUGCAAUCCGGGCCUAACACGAAGCGAUUUGUUGUGGAGGAUUCGAUUACCAAGGUGACUUCCGAUGGAGAGCCGCACGGAAUGAUGACAAUGGUGGCCGGAUUGUCCGGCCUCUUGGCGGCCAUCAUCAUUCUGGCCGUGCUCGUGUCCAUGGUGGCAUGUCGCAAGCAGCGCAGCAACACCAACCGGAAGAGCAACGCCUCCACCAAUGUGGCCAUGACAAGUGUUCCGCAGGAUCAGCCGCAGUUGGCCGGAAAUUUGAACGCCGCGUUCGCGGAAAGCACUCUUACCUUGGAUCAGGUCAAGGUGACGGAUAAGGAGGUCCAGUGGCGGCCCACUUCCGUGGUGGUGCAGCGGUAUUAGCCCCAAAGGCGUAUCCCCCAACCACGGACUACUGGAAGGGCACGUGAUGUUUUUUGUGAACGUUUGAGACUGAGACUUAGCCUAAGGAUUUCCAUCACCAUCUUUUAUCGUAUAUGGCAGUUUUUUUUUGCUUUUUAAAAUAUGUUAAAAUAUAUACAUAUAUUCUUAUAGGAAUAAGUGUAAACCGUUUUAAUGGAGGUGGAAAUAUCUUAAUAGUGACAAGAUUG